AUGGCUCAAAAGGACCCGCUCAGCACUUUCAAAGCAGUAGGUAGGCAGUUCACAGUUCUCUACCUCUUUGCCGUUUUCUCUACACUCUUUUUCUUGUCUUUCUCCUUGUCUCUCUCAGCAUUUCACUCCACCCUCUUUUUCAUUCUCUCUACUUGUCUCACUCUCUUUUUCUCUACUCCCCCCGGCUUUUUCCUUCACUCUCUAUCCAUCUUUGCUUUGUCUCUCCGCCUCUUUUCCGUUUUCUCUACUUUUUCAUUCUCUCUACUUGUCUCACACUCUUUUUCUCUACUCCCCCCGGCCUUUUCCUUCACUCUCUAUCCAUCUUUCCUUCGUCUCUCUGCCUCUUUUUCCUUUUUCUCUACUUUUUCAUUCUCUCUACUUGUCUCUCUCGCUUUUUCUCUACUCCCUCUGUCUUUUUCUUUCACUCUCUAUCCAUCUUUCCUUCGUCUCUCUGCCUCUUUUCCUUUCUCUCUACUUUUUCAUUCUCUCUACUUGUCUCUCUCGCUUUUUCUCUACUCCCCCCCGGCUUUUUCCUUCACUCUCUAUCCAUCUUUGCUUCGUCUCUCCGCCUCUUUUCCUUUUUCUCUACUUUUUCAUUCUCUCUACUUGUCGCACUCUCUUUUUCUCUACUACCUCCGUCUUUUCCCUUCACUCUCUAUCCAUCUUUCCUUUGUCCCUCUGCCUCUUUUCCUUUUUCUCUACUUUUUCAUUCUCUCUACUUGGCUGUCUCUCUUUUUCUCUACUUCCUCUGUCUUUUUCCUUCACUCUCUAUCCAGUUUUGCUUCGUCCCUCUGUCUCUUUUCCUUUUUCUCUACUUUUUCAUUCUCUCUACUUGUCUCUCUUUCUUUUUCUCUACUCCCCCCGGCUUUUUCCUUCACUCUCUAUCCAUCUUUGCUUCGUCUCUCCGCCUCUUUUCCUUUCUCUCUACUUUUUCAUUCUCUCUACUUGUCUCACUCUCUUUUUCUCUACCCCCUCUGUCUUUUUCCUUUACUCUCUGUCCAUCUUUGCUUCGUCUCUCCGCCUCUUUUCCUUUCUCUCUACUUUUUCAUUCUCUCUACUUGUCGCACUCUCUUUUUCUCUACUCCCUCCGUCUUUUUCCUACACUCUCUAUCCAUCUUUGCUUCGUCUCUCUGCCUCUUUUCCUUUUUCUCUACUUUUUCAUUCUCUCUACUUGUCUGUCUCUCUUUUUCUCUACUUCCUCUGUCUUUUUCCUUCACUCUCUAUCCAUUUUCGCUUCGUCCCUCUGCCUCUUUUUCUUUUUCUCUACUUUUUCAUUCUCACUACUUGUCUCUCUCACUUUUUCUCUACACCCCCCGGCUUUUUCCUUCACACUCUAUCCAUCUUUGCUUCAUCUCUCUGCCUCUUUUCCUUUUUCUCUACUUGUUCAUUCUCUCUACUUGUCGCACUCUCUUUUUCUCUACUCCCCCCGUCUUUUUCCUUCACUCUCUAUCCAUCUUUGCUUCGUCUCUCUGCCUCUUUUCCUUUUUCUCUACUUUUUCAUUCUCUCUACUUGUCUCUCUCUCUUUUUUUCUACUCCCCCCGUCUUUUCCCUUCACUCUCUGUCCAUCUUUCCUUCGUCCCUCUGCCUCUUUUCCUUUUUCUCUACUUUUUCAUUCUCUCUACUUGUCUCACUCUCUAUUUCUCUACUCCCCCCGGCUUUUUCCUUCACACUCUAUCCAUCUUUGCUUCGUCUCUCUGCCUCUUUUCCUUUUUCUCUACUUUUUCAUUCUCUCUACUUGUCGCACUCUCUUUUUCGCUACUCCCCCCGUCUUUUUCCUUCACUCUCUAUCCAUCUUUGCUUCGUCUCUCUGCCUCUUUUCCUUUUUCUCUACUUUUUCAUUCUCUCUACUUGUCGCACUCUCUUUUUCGCUCUCCCCUGUCUUUUUUCCUUCACUCUCUAUCCAUCUUUGCUUUGUCUCUCCGCCUCUUUUCCCUUUUUCUCUACUUUUUCAUUUCUCUACUUGUCUCUCUCUUUUUUCUAAUCCCCCCGUCUUUUCCCUUCACUCUCUAUCCAUCUUUCCUUCGUCCCUCUGCCUCUUUUCCUUUUUCUCUACUUUUUCAUUCUCUCUACUUGUCUGUCUCUCUUUUUCUCUACUUUCUCUGUCUUUUUCCUUCACUCUCUAUCCAUUUUUGCUUCGUCCCUCUGCAUCUUUUCCUUUUUCUCUACUUUUUCAUUCUCUCUACUUGUCUCUCUCUCUUUUUCUCUACUCCCCCCGGCUUUUUCCUUCACUCUCUAUCCAUCUUUGCUUCGUCUCUCUGCCUCUUUUCCUUUUUCUCUACUUUUUCAUUCUCUCUACUUGUCUGUCUCUCUUUUUCUCUACUUCCUAUGUCUUUUUCCUUCACUCUCUAUCCAUUUUUGCUUCGUCCCUCUGCCUCUUUUCCAUUUUCUCUACUUUUUCAUUCUCUCUACUUGUCUCUCUCUCUUUUUCUCUACUCCCCCCGGCUUUUUCCUACACUCUCUAUCCAUCUUGGCUUCUGCCUCUUUUCUCUCUGCCUCUACUUUUCCUCUCUUUUUUUCUCUGUACUUUUUUUCAUUCUCCAUCUUUACUUGUCUCUCAUUUUUUUUUUCUCUCUACUUGUCUCUCUCCCCCGGCGUUUUUCCCUUCACUCUCUGUCCAUCUAUCCAUCUUUUUUUUUUUUUUUCUACUUUUUCUCUCCUUGUCUGUCUCAUUUUUUUUUCUCUGUCUUUUUUCAUUCUCUAUCCAUUUUUACUUGACUCUCUCUCUUUUCCUUUUUCUACUUUUUCAUUCUCUCUACUUGUCUUUUUUACUCCCCCCCGGCUUUUUCCUUCUCUCUCUAUCCAUCUUUCCUUCGUCCUCUCCUCUUUUGCCUCUUUUUCAUUCAUUCUCUACUUGUUUCCUUUUUUCUCUCCCCCUGUCAUUUUUUUCAUUCUAUCCAUCUUUGCUUCGCUCUACUUGUUUUUGUCUCUCUUUUUUCAUUUCUCUACUUGUCUCUGUCUUUUUUUUUUCCUGUCUUUUUCUUUCACUCUCUAUCCAUUUUGCUUCGACUCUCUGCCUCUUUUCCUUUUUCUCUACUUUUUCAUUCUCUCUACUUGUCCUCUCUCUUUUUCUCUACUCCCCCGGCUUUUUUUCCUUCACUCUCUUCCAUCUUUGCUUCUAUCCAUCUUUUCUUCGUCUCUGCCUCUUUUCUCUCUUUUUUUCUUUUUCCUUUUUCUUCCUCUCUCUACUUUCCUUUUUCUCUCUUUGUUUUUCUCUACUUGUCUCCCCUUUCUUUUCCCUUCUUUUUUCCUUCACUCUCUAUCCAUCUUAUCCAUCUUUGCUUCUCCUUUGUCUCUUUUUUUCAUUGCCUCUACUUGUUCCUUUUCUCUUUUUCAUUCUCUUCGUCUCUUGUCUCUCUCCUUUUCUCUACUUUUUCCCCAUUCUUUUUCCUUUCUCUUUUUUUCUCCGUCUUUUCCAUCCAUCCAUCUUUGCUUCGUCUCUCUGCCUCUUUUCCUUUUUCUCUACUUUUUCAUUCUCUCUACUUGUCUCUCUCUCUUUUUCUCUACUCCCCCCGUCUUUUUCCUUCACUCUCUAUCCAUCUUUUCUUCGUCUCUCUGCCCUUUUUCUUUUCCUACUUUUUUUUCUCUACUUGUCUGUCUCUGUUUUUUUCAUUUCUCUAUCCAUCUUACUUGUCUCUGCCUCUUUUCCUUUUUUUCUCUUUUUACUCCCCUUGUCUUUUUUCUUCACUCUCUAUCCAUCUUUCCCUUUCUUGUCUCUGCCUUUUCCUUUUUUCCUUUUUCAUUCUACUUUUCAUUCUCUCUGUCUUUGUCUCUCUAUCCUUUUCUACUCCCCUGUCUUUUCCCUUCAUUCUCUCUAUCCAUCUUUCCUUCGUCUCUCUGCCUCUUUUCCCUUUUUUUUUUCUCUUUUUCAUUCUCUCUACUUGUCUUUUCCUUCGUCUCUCUGCCUCUUUUUUUUUCUCUUUUUUUUCAUUCUCUGUCUUUCUCUUUCCUUCUAUCCAUCCCUUCGUCUUUUCCCUUUUUCUCUAUCCAUCUUUCCUUCGUCCCUCUGCCUCUUUUCCUUUUUUUUCUACUUUUUCAUUCUCUCUACUUGUCUCUCUCUUUUUUUCUCUACUCCCCCCGUCUUUUCCCUUCACUCUCUAUCCAUCUUUCCUUCGUCUCUCUGCCUCUUUUCCUUUUUCUCUACUUUUUCAUUCUCUCUACUUGUCUCUCUCUCUUUUUCUCUACUCCCCCCGUCUUUUCCCUUCACUCUCUAUCCAUCUUUCCUUCGUCUCUCUGCCUCUUUUCCUUUUUCUCUACUUUUUCAUUCUCUCUACUUGUCUCUCUCUCUUUUUCUCUACUCCCCCCGUCUUUUUUCCCUUCACUCUCUAUCCAUCUUUCCUUCGUCUCUCUGCCUCUUUUUCCUUUUUUCUACUUUUUUUCAUUCUCUCUACUUGUCUCUCUCUUUUCUCUACUCCCCCCGUCUUUUCCCUUCACUCUCUAUCCAUCUUUCCUUCGUCUCUCUGCCUCUUUUCCUUUUUCUCUACUCUCGUUUUUCGUUCUCUCUUUCCUUGUCUCUCUCUUUUAUCAUUAUCCUUUCCCCUCUUUCUACUCGUAGCGAAUUCACUCAUAUUCUCUCUUUACCCCUCUAUACUUUUCCCUUUCUCUCUCGUUAUAAUUCAUCUAUUUUCUCCCUCUAUUUUCUCCCUCUGUUUUCUUCCCGUUUCUCUUCCUACUCUCUUUCUUUUACCUCUCUCUCUCUCUCGCUCUCUUCUUUCCCCAUCCCAUCACUGUCUGUUCUUUCUUUUGUCUCUCCCUCAUCCUUUCUUUCCAUAUUUCUCUUCAUACCAAUGUGUUUGGUAUUCCAGUUUGUUUACCGUUUCCACUUUGUCUACACAAGUCCUUUGUUAUUCUUACGUCACAGGGUCAAUUUCGUUUGGAAAAUCCGGUCACAUAAGUGUAAAACCUUUCCUCGUCCCCCUUAA